AUGGAUCUAAUAACAUUUUCAGUCCUAAUCUUUUCGCUAGUGACCAUCUCAGCCAAUCAGCAAGACGGAUUUUAUUUUGACCCCUCCCCCACCGACCAGCACGUGAUCGAAGGAGAGGGCGUUAUAAUUAGAUGCGGGGUGUCCAAUAACGAUAGGAUUAGGAUUCACUGGACCUACAAUGGCAGGCCCUUGCAUAAUGUCAGCCGGAGAUUCCAGCACGGCAACGACUUACAUUUUCUCUGGGUGAAAAAGGAGUUGGACAAUGGAACAUUCAACUGCAUAGCCACCAAUACCUCAACUGGAGUACCACUAACCAGCCAAGGAGCCAAAAUACACAUCUUAUGUCGCAGUCAGUCAGAAGUGCAGUUAAUUCAACCCGCGAGCCAGGAUGACGUCAGAGACGGAAGCAGGGAUGUGCUGAUGCAGUGUCGAGUGGCCGGCAAUGAAGAGCCGACCGUUGAAUGGUUUAAGAACAAAAUUAGACUCUACACGAACGAUCAGCUCAAACUGAACGGUGCCAUGUUGAAGAUCUUAAAAAUUUCCACGCAAGAUGGCGGGGUGUAUUCUUGCAAGGCGAAAAAUUUGGCGGGAACCGUCUGGAGUUCGAAGGAUUUUGUGGUUAACGUAGCAGGUGAUCACCCAUGGCGAUUAGCGAUGGAAACUUUCAGGCCUUCCUUGCUUUUGAACCAGGGAGAUCAGGCACAACUGAACUGUCAGUUUCAGCACGAAGGCACCAUUGUAAAUGUGGGCGGAGCCGUUGGAGAGCGCAAGUUCCUCAGUUUGGAAUGGUUUCAUGAAAAAGUGAAAGUACAAAACUCUGUUAGGAAACGAGUUCAUCGAAACGGGACUCUGUUUAUAAAUGGAGUUGGCGACGAAGACGCUGGAACCUACAAGUGCUUGGCGACCUUCAACUUUGACCUCACCCUGACAUUCACGGUCAAUCUUUCCAUUUCCUUCAUUGACGAUUUCGGUCCUGAAAAUAUCACCCCCAAGCCUAAUUCACCCACGUGGUGCAAACCUCCGAAGGGCCGACCAACGCCCACUGUAAAAUGGUUCGACCCCAACGGGGUAGAGAGGGCUGAAAAGACGACCCACAGCUGGCAAGAACACGGCAUAAUCAGAUUGACUGACAUGUCUACCUCGGACGCUGGGAGUUACGUAUGUCAGGCUGAAAAUAUGGCGGGAAAAAAAUUGAUUUCUGUCGAGUUAGCUGUUUCCGUGCCCCCAAGAAUAGGGACGCCCCCGCAGACCAUACACGUCAGUGAAGGUGGCGAGGGAGAGUUCAAGUGCAAGGUCAUCGCCAGUUCCUACCCCAUCACGAAGAUUGGAUGGAAGUUCGAAGAAAUUGUCUUGCACUCGAAUGACAAAUACUCGGUAAAUGAGGAGGAUGGGACAUUGCAAAUCAGGGAUGUAACGAUCGACGAUAUCGGCAAUUACGCGUGUGUCGUCAACACAACCGGCAGUUCGGUAAUCAAGUCCAACUGGGCAAGACUUUACGUGGAACGGCAACUAAAAUUCGACCCGCCAAUGCCGGCCGACGUUUACGUGGAGCUGGACCAGAGGUCAGAGGUCAAAUGUGACGUAGUGGGUAAAGUCAAACCGAAGAUCAUUUGGUUUAGAGAAGGGCGCGAACCGCUUCAGCGAAAUGUGAUUAGUUCGGAGGGCAAAUUAGUGUUUAGUAGGGUUGUGCCUGGGGACGCGGGACGCUACACGUGUUACGCUAGCAACGAACAAGGGUCAAUUAAUGUCACCGUUAGCGUGCAUGUUGUGGAGAAGCCGGUGAUUAAAAUCUACCCCACCAACACAACGGUAAGGGAGCACGAGCCAGUCAUGUUGCACUGCGUCGUUUACGGGAAUCCAACUCCGCAAGUUCAUUGGCUGAAAAAUAAUCAGGUCACCGACUUGGAUAAAAAUAGAUUUUCGAUCUUCACAAAUGGGACGAUGCACAUCUCCACGGCAUUCGUUGAGGACAGCUCCUACUACACGUGCGUGGCAUCUAGUGUUGGGGGGUCCAGUGAGAAGCAGGCCUACCUCAGGGUUCUCGCCUCCGGAGAAGAAUCAGAUGAUUUCAAAACUCCGGUUGAUCCGGAAGAUGGCGACGGACCUAGCAAAAUGGUGGCCAUUGUGGUUGUGGUGGUGUUGCUGGCGUUUGUGCUGCUGUUGGCGUUUGUGCUGCUGUUGUGCAAGAGGAUGAAGAGGACGUCAAGCAGGAAUGGGAGUGCCUCUAAUGGAGACCCGGUAAAAGCUGAGAACGGUCACCAAACCAAUAAUCCGGAACAAAUGGGACUAAUGAACAAGGACAAAUCCUUAGCAGUCCCAGCCACCAACAGUGGCCCCGGCAGUGUGGCGGCUUCAGUGACGAAGGGAAACAGCGCGGGUGAUAGCAGCGAGACGAGAUCACAUGCAUCCGGAAUCAGUUCCCAACAAUCCAACACUCUCAAUUCAUCACUAUCUCACAAAUCCCUCGACCGCUUCUCCUUCUCUAGAUCUCUCCUUCAUAAUAUUGGGCUACUGGGCAAAGGUGAAUUUGGCGAUGUGAUCCUAGCAAAGGCGUACAACAUCUCACCGAACAACCCAGAAACAAUUGUCUACGUCAAAGUUCUGGGGACGAAAGAUGAAGGAAUGAGGAACAGUUUCUACGAAAGUCUAGAGAUGUACAGUCGGACUAACCAGCCGUUCUUUUCCAAUUUGCUGGCCAUCUGUAAGGACGAUGAUCCGCUGCUUGGAGUGUUUGAGUACACCGACUGGGGAAUUUUGAAACAAUACUUGGAGUCAAGGCGUCUAAACACCAGUGGCCCAAUGUUAAACAGCGCACUGACGAACGAACACAAAAUAAGUAUCUGCCUACAAACAGCUAAAGCCAUGGAGUAUCUAACAGGACAUAUGAAACUAAACCACAAAGAUUUAGCUACCAGAAAUGUGCUCCUAACUUCGAGGUUCACGAUCAAGAUUGCGGAUUUAGCACUAUCUAGAGAUCUCUACGCUAAUGAGUACUACACGUACCAGCAUCAUGUCCUUCCGAUUAGGUGGAUGUCCCCAGAAGCGUUGUUCAACGGCAAGCGAGACACGUGUGCGAGCGAGAUUUGGUCAUUUGGGGUUUUCCUUUGGGAGGUUUUCACCCUGUCGAGUUUUCCCAUAUGCGAUAAAACGAAUGAUGAAGUUGUUGUGGCCCUAAAAAAUGGAGACGUCGAACUGACCCAUCCAUCCGGCUGCCCUAACGAUGUCUGGAUUCUCAUUGGUCGCUGCCGAAGUUUCGAGCCUUCGGAUAGGCCGAAGUUCAACGAGAUCGUUCAGCUAUUGGCCGGCGUGAUCUCUGAUAAUGUUGUUUGAUUGGCUGUCGGUUGGUAGUUUGAGAAGUAGUUGGUUUGGAAUGGAAAUAUUAUUUUUGUAUAUAUAUACAAAUAGUAAUAACAAAGAAUGGAAUUAUUAUAUUUAAAAUAUAUAUAUAUAUAUAUAAUUAUUUUUUAAUAUUUAAGAUUAAGAUUUAUUUUUUAACAUUUAUGCACGCACUAAGGAAAUGUUUUACGAAAAUUUUUAUAUUUGUAGUGGUAAACUUGAGACAUACAAAAAAGCGUACAAACAAACAUACAAACACACACACAUACAAACACACACACAUACAAACACACACACACAACAGAGGUAUUUAUUAAAAUACCCAAUAAAUGCGUACUUCUACGUCAUUACCAUUCAUAACAUCUUCAACAAAUUCUCAGGUUUUUUCUUACUAUAUCUCAAAAAACAAAUUAAAAAUAAAAUAAAGAUAGUAAUGAUAAUAAUUAUUAUUAUUUAUUAUGACAAUUCUGGCAUAAUUUUUUUCUUUUUUGGCUGUAUUUUUUUCUCACGUUACCUCAAUGCGUGUAGUAAUGUUUUAUGUAUAUUUGUGUUAGUUAUACUAGCUUUUUGUUCUUUACAUUUGUUAAUGUCUAUACAAUAAUAAUUAAAAUAAUAAUAUAGAAUUUACAUUAAGAAUAGUAAUAAUAAUAAACGUAAUAUUAAUAAAUAUGAUUAAUAAUUU